AUGCAAGAGUUUUUUUUGAUGAUAACAAGACCAUAAAAUUGGAAGCUAUUUAAAUUUAAUUUAGGAAAACCAAUAAAAUGGGUGUCAUAAUUUUAAAAAUAAUCAUCUUAAUAUUUAAGAUUCGACUAAAUAUAUGAGCUAAAUAAAUAUUAGAUUAUGGGCACAUUUUCUAUUUUUAUUGUAUUUAUUUUCGCUUUAAGAAACCUCUUCAAUUAAGAUAAUAUCUAUCAUUAGAAAGAUUAAAUGAAUUAAAUAUCUGAAAAUGAUUUAGCUUAAAAUAUAACAGAAGUUAGUCGAGAGUAAAAAGAUAAAAAAGAAUUAUAUAAAUCAGAUUAAAAUAGAUUAGGCGCUAUUGUAGAAUAAAUAAGUAAUUCAGCUUUAAAUAUAUCAGCUGUUCAUCAAGAUUAAAUAAAUGAAACAUUAUAAAAUAAUUCAGCUUAAAAUAUAUUAGGUGAUAGUCAAGAUUAAAUAGAUGAUACAAAAUCAAAUAUUUUAACUAAUAAUCUAACAGAUGUUAGUAAAGAUGCUAGUAAAGAUUAAAUAGAUGAUACAAAAUCAAAGAUUACAACUUAAAAUCUAACAGAUGCUAGUCAAGAUUAAAAAGAUGAUACAAAAUCAAAUAUUUCAACUUAAAAUCUAACAGAUGCUAGUCAAGAUUAAAUAGAUCGUACAUAAUCAAAGAUUACAACUUAAAAUCUAACAGAUGCUAGUCAAGAUUAAUAAAGUCUAAGUCGAUACUAAAUAGAUGUUAAAAUAAUUUAAGAUAAUUAAAAUUAAGAUAUUAAUAAUAUUUAGUAUGAGAUUUAGACAUCUAACAUUAAUGAAAUCCCUUAAGAAAACCCAGGUAAAAUGGAAAGUAAAGAAUGGAUGAGAAUAAUCAGAGAAACGUAAUUAAAACAAAUGAAUUUAUGUAUGAAUGGAAAUCAAGAUGAAAUGAUUAAAGUCUAAAAUAAAAAUUAGAUAAAUAAUCAAAAUUAGAUAGAUGGUGAAAAUGAUCGAAAUAAUCAAAUGGAAAUUAAAAAAGAUAACUAAAUCGGAUUAAAUAAUCCUAAUCAAUCUCAAAAAGAUAAUGAAGCCAAACCUAAAGAUUAAAUAAAUAAUGAAAACAGUAAUGUUGACCAAUAACUAUAAUAAAAUCAAGAAAAUUAAAAUGAAAUAACAAAUUAGAAUGUUCAAAUAGAUGAUGAAAACAGUAAUGUUGACCAAUAACAAUAAAAAAUUCAAUAAAAUUCAAAUGAAAUAAGAAAUUAGAAUUUUCAAAUAGUUAAUGAAAACAGUAAUGUUGAUCAAUAACAAUAAGAAAAUCAAGAAAAUCAAGAAAAUUAAAAUUAAAUAAGAAAUUAGAAUGGUCAAAAAGAUAAUGAAAACAGUAAUGUUGAUCAAUAACAAUAAGAAAAUCAAGAAAAUUAAAAUGAAAUAAGCAAUUAGAAUGUUCAAAUAGAUAAUUAAAAUGAUAAAGUUCUCCCCAAACCAUCAAAUUAAGACAAGGAAGAUCCUCUAAUACCUGAAUAAUUUCUUGAUAUUCCAUAAAAUCCUUCAAGGCCAGACAAAUAAAAUUACCCUUAACAAGUUACUUUACCAAAAGAAAUGGAAGUAAUAAAAUAAAUUAUAGAUGGAUCAUCUAAAAAGAGACAUGUUGACUAAAACAUGAAAAGUUACUUAAGAGAUGUUCAAAAUGAAUAGGAACUAUUUAAACACUACUCUAUUAAAGCAUUAGGAAAAAAACAUGAAUUAAAACUACAUUGCAAUCUAAUCAUUCCUGUAAGAGGAGAUGGCAAUUGUUUCUACACUUCAUUUGGGUAUCAACUUUUAAGAAUUGUUAUUUAUGAAUAUACUGAUGAAGAAUUUAAUUAAUUUCUAAAUUAAUAUUUCUAAAUAUCUUUUAAUAUUUAAUUUAACCAAAUUAAAAUACCAAAUGAGAUGCAAUAGAAAUUAUUGAAUCACUACAAGGAUAGAUUAAUCUAUAUAAGAAAUUUAGAAAAAAAUUAUAUAAAUAAUGAAUACUAUUAGUAAUAAUUAAAAAUGCAUUUUUCAGCAUUUGAAUUAUAAGAUACUAAUGAAGGAUUUGUUGAUGGAUAUUUCAAUCCAUUAACAGUAAUAUUUUUGAGAAAUUUAUGUUUACAUUUAGUUGAAACAGAUUAAGAUGAAUAAAAUAAUCUUGUUGAAAAAGAAACAUUAUUGAAAUGGGAGGAAGAAUGCAAUCAAAAUGAGGUAGUGAUUAAUUUAUUAGCAAAACAUUUAAAAAUGUAUAAAAUUUAUGUAAAUAAUUAGACACAUAAAAUUAAUAUUUUUUGAAAAAGGUACAUUUAUAGUUAAUGAAUAUUCCAAAGAGUAUGAAAAUGAAAAAAGGAGAAUAAUUUUGCUUCUAUAGCCAGGACAUUAUAAUGUCGGCAUUAAAGUGUGA